ACAUGAGCACAGCAAGACCACAAAAAGCAUUGCAAAGAUUGCUAAUUACACGAAACAUUUUUAUGGUGAUGGCACAAACAAAUGGCAUUUAAUGAGUUGUAAUAUUAACUUUAAAAGGAGACAAUAAAUAAUUUUCAAUGAACAGGAUCAAAAUCUAUGGGAAUAUUAUUUUCCAUAUUGAUAAUAAGUUGUAUCUAUAAUGACUCAUUGGCCACAUUUUCUUUCUUUCCUUAUUCUGACAAAAGGACAAUGCUUCCUAUGAAGAUUUUCUGAAGCAAGCAUUUUAUCCCACUGGCACAUGGAAAUAGUGACCUUAUUUAGUAACCUGAAGUUAUGCUUCUUUUAUGAGGCAUAAAACUCUGUCAGCAAAUAAACAACACUAAUGAAUGUUCACAUGAAAACUGGCACCAACAGCGAUAAAGAAAACAUCCGGUGCAUUCUGUAAAUACCCAUUUGGGGGCUAUAUAAAAGUCUCAGCAGGGAAGGAGAUUUUGGAGUCAGGCAACUGGAGUUUUGGAACUAGUCUUUGCUCUUCACUUCUAACAGGAUGACUUCUGACAGCUCCCCCACGGGCAGCUCUCCUGAAUCCUGUGCCAGGGCUUCUGAUUGUGCGUUUGCUUCUACCUGUCCCGUGGAAACCACUUGUCUCCCCAGCGCCUGUGCUGCAUCCAGAUGCCAGACCCCUAGCUUCCUAUCCAGGUCUCGCUUGCCAGCCGGCUGCUUCGUGCCACGCCACUUUGCUGGGAGUUGUAAUGUUCCGUGCUUGGUAGGGAACUGUGCUUGGUGUGAGGAUGGGGUGUUCAACAGCAAUGAGAAGGAAAUGAUGCAGUUCCUGAAUGACAGACUGGCCAACUACCUGGAGAAGGUGCGUGGCCUCGAGGAAAUGAAUGCAGAGCUGGAAGGCAGGAUCCGAGAGCAAUGUGAAGAGGAUAUCCCAUUGGUGUGCCCCGAUUACCAGUGUUACUUUGACACCAUUGAAGAUCUCCAACAAAAGAUCUUGUGCACGAAGGCAGAGAAUUCUAGACUUGCUGUACAGCUUGACAACUGCAAACUGGCCGCCGAUGACUUUAGGUCAAGGUAUGAGUCUGAACUGGCUCUUCGCCAGCUGGUGGAGACGGACAUCAGUGGCCUGCGUGGGAUCCUGGGUGAGCUGAACUUAUGCAAAGGUGAUCUGGAGGCCCAUGUGGAGUCUCUGAAGGACGAUCUCCUUUGCCUUAAGAAAAACCACGAAGAGGAAGUCAGCUUGCUUCGUGGACAGCUUGGUGACCGCCUCAGUGUGGAGCUAGACACUGCCCCCACCAUCGACCUCAACAGGGUCCUGGAUGAGAUGCGCCAUCAGUACGAGAUGGUGCUGGCCGACAACCGCAGAGAGGCAGAAGAAUGGUUCGCUGUCCAGACGGAGGAGCUGAAUCAGCAGCAACUGUCCAGUGCGGAGCAGCUGCAGGGCUGCCAGACGGAGAUCUUGGAACGGAAACGCACAGCCAACGCUCUGGAAAUUGAGCUCCAAGCACAGCAAAGCCUGACGGAAUCUCUGGAAUGCACUGUGGCAGAAACCGAGGCCCAGUACAGCUCCCAGCUGGCCCAGAUACAGUGCCUGAUCGAUAACGUGGAGAACGAGCUGGCCGAGAUCCGCUGCGAGGUAGAGCGGCAGAACCAGAAGUACGAGGUGCUGCUGGACAUGAAGGCCAGGCUGGAGGGCGAGAUCAACAUGUACUGGGGCCUCCUGGAGAGCGAGGACAGCAGGCUUUCCUGUAACCCGUGUUCUACCACAAGCACGUCAAGCAAUACUUGUGAGCCGUGCUCGGCGUAUGUAAUGUGUCGGUACAUUUCUGCUUAUCAUUUCCUCUCCUGCCUGCUUAUUGGGAAUAUUCUAGGCAUCUAUAAAGGUUUCUUGCUAACCUUCAAAUAA